UCGAAGCGAUGCGUCACUGGAUUAGUGCCUGAGAAUCUAACCCAGCCUCUCCACUCUGAGCCUGCUGAGACGUCUCCAGAAGGGCACAACACUCACCGCUUGCUUUCCCUCAACCAAGCCUUCCACAUGAGCCAGCCAAGCCUUAGCUCCACUCCAGGAUGAAACAAUACAAGAAAAUGCAUGGAUUCCUGUUACUCCUGUUGCUUCACUACUGUUUGGGGCAAUCGGACUAUGCUCCAUAUUUCUAUGACAAUGGUCCUAGCAGCACAAGUGGGAAUAUGGCCUUGUUCAGUAUCUCUGAAGACACACCUGUUGGAACACAGAUAUAUAUCCUAAACGGCACAGAUCCGGAGGGGGAUCCUGUGCGAUACGACCUCACAUUUGAAAAAGGCUCCACUGAAUAUUUCAGGGUGCAGCCCAAAUCAGGUAACGUUACUCUAAUUCAGGAGCUGGACAGAGAGAAACAAGAUGAAAUCUCAGUGACUGUCAGCAUAACAGAUGGGCGAAAUAAGGUUAUUGAGAUUGUGAGAGUGUUUGUUAUGGACGUCAACGAUGAGCCACCUGAAUUUCAAAAUCUGCCUUUUAUCAUUGACGUUCCAGAGGACACUGCUCCAGGAAGUAGUAUCUACAGAGUCCAUGCUGUAGAUAAAGACCUGGGUUCAGGAGGCAGUGUUUCAUAUUAUCUACAGAGUUCCAUAUUUGCCAAGUUCACUAUUGACGGACACAGCGGCAUCCUCAGAGUAAAACCUGGUGAGACUUUGGACUAUGAGACUACACCAACACAUUUUGUGACAGUGGUUGCAAAGGAUGGAGGUGGAAAGUACAAAGGAAAGCAUCAGGUGCUAACCUCUACAGCCACUGUAACAGUCAAUGUUCUUGAUGCCCAAGACAUGCCUCCAUCCUUUGUGGGAACCCCAUACUUUGGAUACAUCUAUGAAGUCUCAGUCCCUGGUUCUGAAAUAUACACAGUGUCUGCCAAAGAUGGAGAUCAAGGCAACCCCAACCCUAUUUAUUAUUCCAUUGUGAAUGGAAGUGAUGGGGUUUUUGACAUAAAUAGCACCAGUGGAUGCAUUUCUUUAUCAACCCAUCCAUCUCUGCUUAAAAAUGAACUCUACGAAAUUAAAGUGAAGGCAUCUGAAGUCGGACCCAACAGUCAGCCGUUGGUCUACGACAUUACCACGGUAACCGUCCGGGUGGUAGAUCUCAACAACCAUCCUCCAACCUUUUAUGGAGAAAAUGGACCCCAGAGCAAAUUCGAGGUCAUCAUGUAUGAGCAUCCUCCAGCUGGGGAGAUCCUCAGAGGUUUUAAGAUCACAGUCAAUGACUCUGAUCAGGGAGCAAAUGCUAAAUUUAAACUGAGACUGGUGGGGCCCAGCCGAGUGCUUCGAGUGGUUCCCCAGACGGUCCUGAAUGAAGCACAGGUGACCAUCAUUGUGGAGGACGCGUCUGGCAUAGACUAUGAAAAGGGACCAACCUUAUCUUUUAAGCUGCUGGCAGUAGAGAUUGACACUCCUGAGCGUUUCAGUGCGACAGCGGACAUAUUGAUUAACCUGCUGGAUACAAACGACAACGUUCCCAUUUUCACAUCCGAGUAUUACAUCGCCAGAGUGCCCGAGAACUCCCCUGGAGGCUCCAGUGUUGUGGCUGUCACAGCAAAUGAUCCAGACUCUGGGUCCUGGGGCGAGGUCAAAUACACGAUUUAUGGAUCAGGAUCCGAUUUAUUUGCCAUCCACCCAUCAACAGGCCUUAUCAUCACACAACCCUGGACCAGUCUGGAUGCAGAGAUGAGGUCGAAAUACAAUUUCUAUGUCAAGGCAGAAGAUUCCGAAGGCAAGUACAGCAUUGCUGAAGUCUUUGUCAGCGUCCUUGACAUGAACGACCAUCCACCGGAGUUUGAUGAGGAAUUUCAAGAGAAGACCAUGAUCAUUGGGACAGCUGUCAAAGUCCAGGCCGUGGAUGAUGACGCAGAGUCUCCGAACAAUGUCAUUGAGUACUCUAUCAUGACAGCCGAUCCCGACAAUGCAUUUGACAUCAAUGCAGACACUGGGGAGAUCCAGCUGAAGCCUUUCAUCAAGUCUAUGGAGAUUGUGCAGAAUAUCACCAAGCAGAAGGACUGCAAGUGGUCUCUGGUGGUCCAGGCCAGGGACCGAGGAUCUCCAUCCUUCAGCACAACAGCUGUGAUCAACAUCGACAUCACAGAGGCAACUCCUCUCAAGGGGCCUAUGGCAGCAUUUUUAAUGAAAAGUAGGGACAAUCCUCUGAGAGCUUUAGGGAUUGUCACUUUUAUCAUUCUCGUACUGGUAGGAGUGACAGUGUUGAUCUCUACAGUUAUGUACAUGCGCAACUCAAAGUCAAACAGAAUCAUGCCGGUGCGACGCAUCAUUAAGAGGGGGCCCAGGGACCAGCAGACUUGGAAAUUCAAGAUUCCUGUCAUCAAGUUGUCCAGCCCUGCGGAGAAGUUCCUCAUCAGCGACCCGGUAAGCAGCCCACCGCAGGAAACCAGCAGCCCCAGGCUGAAGCCUACACCUCCUAUUGCUCCUUGUCUGCCCCCUCCCCCUCCAUCUAACAUUCGGGCUAAUGAGCGGCCCAGGGCGGUCCCAACCAUAUCUGGUGCACUGACCUCCAAGAGCUCAAAGAAAGCAAAGCCUGGCCGCCGCAAAGAAGGAAACAUCAGCUCUGCAUUGGUGUCUGAGCUUAAGAUGAAGCUGGAGCAGAAGAUUAAUGAGAAUAACCAAGGGUAUUAUUAAGCAGACCUGCAAAAACAUCUGGUUUAAGGAUGCUUAGUCCAUUUGUUUAUGGCUAUCUGCCCUUAUCUUACAUGCAGUCAAUGUGAUAAUUGGUAAAAGGACCUACCUUGGGAUUUUUUUCGGGUGACAGAUAUUUAUGUCUUAACAGGAGACAUCAAGGAAGCAGGCUGCACUGCAUCCUCCAUUUUCCUAGUUUUAGAGAAGCACGGAGAGAGCUUGAGUCAGUGGUGUAGUCGAAGAUAAUUCACCACACUGCCAUCUUGAGGAAAAUUAUGUGAUCUUAACAGUAAGAAGCACUACUGCAAAUUGUUCUGGGAGAGGAUUACUAAGGCUUAGUGUCUAUAUAUCAAUUGCAUAACUUCCUGAGUGUAAUGUAAGAGUGUAAUGCUCACAAACCUGCAGUGAUUUCAGCACAGAAAAGGAUUUUUACCUCAUAAAUUCCCAUUACAGAAAGAUGUGUUCUCGCUCAGUGGAGCAUGCAGCUAAACAAUAUAGUAACAUUUUACAAUGAAGUGCUAAAGGACCUGUGUGUUGAUAUUCUUACUGUGUUAUACAUCAGCCGCUUCAAAGCUGAGAUGUUGCUCCUUUGUAUGAAGACCAUGUGCCACUGUAGUAAUACAAGCCUGCUUGAGUAGUACUAGGAAGAAAAUGUUUAUAUAAAUGUAUAUGCAUCCAUUUUAAGUGUACAUCAUUUUAUUAUUUCAACUAUAUGACUAAAAGAAGUCUUGCUCUAUUAGUGGGAAAUCGUUUAUAAGACUUAAUCAUUUGCUUAGUAAUCCCAAUCAUACAUCAAUACUAAUGAGAGAUUUUUAUUUAUCUGGAUAAAUAAAUUUUAUCUGGAGCAUCUUUGUCAAACAUUUAGAAUCCGCACACGGAUACUUUCCAUCUCAUUCUCAAAUGCCUUUGAAUGUAGGCAAAGAAAAUUUCAUUGCUGUAACUGUAACAUGUAUCUGAGUAGGUCUUAACUUCUACUUAUUUUAAAUAAGUUGAGAUAUAUCAUAAAUAUGAAUUUAACUUGCCUGGUCCUUUGAAGAAAUUUGUAUUGUCUUUGUACUGUGUGGAUUUUAAAUAAAUAUUUGAACAUAA